AUGGCUCUGUGGUUUAGUUUUAUGGUAGGAAUUGUAGCUCUUCUUUCUGUUGUCGUAUUGCAACCCUACCAAGUACAUGCAAAUGGUGAUGCAGGCGCAGGGCAUGAUAAACAAUCAAAUGGCUGCAAUUACUUUCAAGGAAGUUGGAUAAUUGAUCCUUCAGAUACACAUCCACUCUACGAUUCAUCGAAGUGUCCAUUCAUCAAUCGAGCAUUCGAAUGCCUGAAGAAUAGUAGACCUGAUAAAGAGUACCUCAGAUAUAGAUGGAAGCCAACUGGAUGUGACCUUCCAAGAUUCAAUGGUGAGGACAUGCUGAGGAGGUUAAAGGGGAAAAAGAUAUUAUUCGUAGGGGACUCGCUAAGCUACAACCAAUGGCAGUCACUAGUAUGCAUGCUGCAUGCUGCUGUGCCCCAAACCAGUUAUACUCUAACAAGCAAAGGUGGCCUCUCCAAGUUUUAUUUGCCUGAUUAUGGAGUUUCUGUGUCGCUAUCUCGAAAUCAGUUUCUAGUGGAUCUAGUCAAAACAAAAGUGGGCAGGGUUCUGAGGCUUGACUCCAUUGAAAAUGGCAAGACAUGGAAAGGAUACGACAUGCUUAUCUUCAAUACUUGGCAUUGGUGGCUGCAUAAGGGAAGGCUACAUACGUGGGACUACAUUGACGUAGGAGGAAAGGCGCACAUGGAUAUGGAUCGUUUGGAUGCUUUUAGGGAGGGAUUAACUACUUGGUCCAAGUGGGUGAACUCUAAUGUUCAUUCCAACAACACCAAAGUUUUCUUUCAAGGCAUUUCUCCAACCCACAACAAUGGAAAAGAAUGGGGCUCAAAUUCAACAACUUGCAAUGGAGAAACUCAACCUAUAAGUGGCUCAAUAUAUCCAGGAAGCUCUCCACCUGCAACAACUGUGGUCAACGACGUGUUGAGUAAAAUGUCAACUAGCACCCCAGUAACUUUGCUGGACAUAACUUUACUUUCGCAGCUGAGAAAAGAUGGGCACCCUUCUGUUUAUGCCGGUGAUGGGGAGAAGGGAAAUGAUUGUAGCCUCUGGUGCCUUGCUGGUGUCCCUGAUACCUGGAAUGAACUUUUGUAUGCAAUUCUUGUGACUAAGUAA